AUAUGAUCUAUUCUUCUGACGUAAAAUGGUAAAGUGCUAACGGAUUUUAUGGACUCUUCUAUCGUUGAUUUAACGGGUAUGAUCUAUUCUUCUGACGUAAAAUGGUAAAGUGCUAAGGGAUUUUGUCCCAACAUCCGCAUAUUCCUAUCUCUUAUGGGUAUUCUUAGUAUAGGAAUUAAAUAGCAAAAUGGUGGUCGAACAGCUCGUAAAACAUUCUUUAGAAUUAGACUUAUCUAAAAAAGAAGCUAAACAUUUUAUAUUAGCAGUUAGGAUGAAAUGGGCAAUUAUUUUUACUGGUCGUGUCUUAGUAUUUUUUAUUUUUAUUGGUACAUGUUAGAAUGCACGCUUCUGUUUUCUUUAAAAAUAAUCUGAAACGUCAGCAUUAUUAUUUUUCAAUUUUGUUUAAUAACAUAACCUUAUUUGGUCGUAACAAAAUUUUAAAUAAUUUUUUAAGCAAUUAAAAAGCUUUAUCUCUAUAAUAAUAGCCGUCGUCUGUCUGUCUCUGCACGGACCCCCCCGCUGAGUUAGAAAAUCAUGUUACGGAAACACGAAUAUCAAAUGCGAUAUAUUUUUAUCCAUUUUGCUGCGACGGGUACUUAUAAAGGACGGGCGAACCCGUGGAUUUUUCCACGGGCAACGACUAGUUUAACUAUAUUAUUUUAAACAAUAUUGACAUGUAUCAGUUUUUUAGAACCAUUUUUAGGAUCAAAUACACUAUCAUAUGGUUGAGUUUUUCUCGCACUUUGAUGUUGUAAUCUACAAGAAUAUAUACUAUAUUUUUAUUUUCCAACGGAGCAAGUUCUCUAUCUCUGAGAAUUUUUAGUUCAUCUUUGACUUAAUUCAACUAUUAAAAAUAGAAAAUUUAUUAUAAAUAAAAUUACUCGAUCAAAUAUAUUAUCUUGCAGUUCGCUGUUGAACAAAGAACUUUACGAACCAUGACUGAAAUUAAAAAAUAAUCUACUGAAUAUACUUAAUAGAAUGGUUUAUGCUCGGUUCAUAUGAUAAACUAGUUAUCGCACUUUUCCUUAGAAAAUAUUGCCAUUUUUGUGGUUUAGUUCUCGUAUAAGUUACUCGCCUAAAUUUUCGUGGUGACCGAGAACCUAAAAGAUUUAAAAGGUAUAUCCGAUAUUAUUCUCGGCACUGUGCGCAACUAGUACAUGUUGAUAACCAUAUAUUCACAGAAGACUAAAAAUGUUGUAAUUUACAAAUAUGAACUCAAAAUAAACAACAGAUCUAAUUAAGUUCGACCAGUUUAAAAGAAAAAACAACAACAAAAAACAACAACAUGAAGUUAAACUAAUAAGUAGAAGAAAAAUAACAUGAGAACAAAAAUAAAUACUAAAAUCAGACUGAUAAUGACAGGGCGAGGUGUUUAAUUCUACCGUUUAAUUCUGCUUAUGUUGUAUAAUCAUCAAAACCAGAAUGAAAUAAUUGUUAAUGGUUCAUGCGGUUUAUCAAAUUUUAUUUUGGCCCAAUUAUACAAUUAAGAGAUGUAUUAUGCAAUCUUUGUUGUUUUUUACAAUAAACUUUACAAGGUGUUUUUUCUUUUUCUUCUUUUUGUUAUAUAAUUUCCCAACCAUCAUGUCGGGUUAUUUUCUUUCACUGUGGCAAUUUUUCUUGGUGGUAAAGAGUUUUUCGUAAUGAGAGCAAAACUACAAACGAUAAUAGGUAUAAAGCCUAAAAAGUUUGAUGUCUCCAUCAUACUUGGGAUGUAUUUUCUGUUUGCUGUGCGGACUUUCUAUUUUCAGGCUGAAUUGACUAGAAAUCCACCCAAUCAGAAUGUAACGUUGCAUUACAUUUGGUUGAGUGAAAACACUGAGUUUUCUCAUUCCUUGUCUCACAGAAAAAGUUGUAGCAAACACAAACUGUAAAAAAUUAAACAAAAAAAACAAUAAGUUAGGGAAACCUACCUAAAGCUAUGGAAUGUACGUAUUGAACAUUAAAUAACAAAAAAAAAUAUUCAAAAGUUUAGCCCUGUUUGAUGGAAGUGUUGACUGUGUAACCGGCAUUUCUUCCCACAAACCAUAUUGGCUAACCUGAAAACUGUUUGUUCAAACAUACCACGUAACAUUGCGUACUGGAAAAAUGUCACAUGGACAGAAGAACACCAAGCUGUGACAAACUUAAAUCGAAAGUGGUCCUACAACUAAACUAAAGUAGUCUCUGUCGCUUUAUUUCACUUGCAUCGCUGUAAGGCAUCUAUCCUUAAAGAAUCGCAGUGCGCAGUUGCAAUAAAAAGAAAGAGGGCCUGGUAAAAACUUUACACUAAAUGUUAAUACAACAACAGAACCUGUGUAAUUUAUUUUUUAUGUAAGGUAAAAUCAAUUUUUUUAAAAGCGGAACUAUGCUAAAUUCAACUUAUGGUUUCAAUCCGCUGCCAAAUUCAAGUUUAGAUUAAUUACCAAAAUUAAUCUAAACUAAUCACAUUAUUAUCAGCAACUCACAUUUCCUUAUCAAUGUUGCUAGAAUACAGAGGAGGCGACAUGUUAUUUUUCACAGUAUGGGUUCUUAUGCAUUAUUAAUGUUGCCUACGUGAAUUUCCACAGUGUAUGGUGGUAGUGGAGUAAAGUGAGUAACGUAUACAUCGCAUAGACGUCACGUUUCCUCGUUAGCUUCGAUUACAUACGUACCAUGAAUCACGCUAACAACAAUAAACAAAUUAACAACUAAAAUAAAUCGUUUUUGUGAAUGCUAAUAGCGCACAAUUUUAUAUAAACAAGACGUAUGAUAUACGCAAACAACCUCGCGAAUAAAGUUUACAAAAAGCUGUCUAUCAAAUUGGGAUUUUUGUUACGAAGUUAGACACGACAUAUUUUACUAUUCAGAUACGCAAUAAUAUUUGUUACACACUUAUUUUACAAAAUUGAUUUGUGAGACCUUCCUGAACGAAAAAUUCCUCGAACUUUUAAUUUUCGAUGGGUCCGUCUUGGGUGAACCGACUGACAGGAAGAGGAAAGACCACAAACCCACAAACCCCAAAAUUUGCGAAAUUCAUUAAUUCAGUUAAUUCUGCCUACAUUCACUUUUAAAAAGUUUGGUGGAAACACCUUUAUUUACUAGUUAGUUAAACAAGUGUUUUGAACACUUGUCUUAUCUUUUUAAAAAAGAAAAAAGAAAAAAAAAGUAAAAAUAGUUACCAAGAUGAGAUUCGAACACACGACGACUCCCGUGUCGGUGCUCAGAGAGGCAAAAAUUUCCAUUCUUGUAGGACACAUUUGCGUUUUAAUACAAGCUCACGAGCUUGUAAAAAUAAUUUUUUUAAAUACUAAUCUUUUAACCCAAAUCAAAUUAUCAUGAUUUUUAACCUUUCUCGCAGGCCUUCUUACUUGCAUACAGGAAAGUGUAAUUCUGUGGAUAACACCACGGAAUGACGAGUGUAUUUAUGACAGAAGGAGAAAAAAACAAUUUGUCUAUUUAUAUGUGUGCUUGUGUUAUGAACAAGACUGUAAUUACAUAGUCUACCCUGUUUCUUUAUGGAAAUGUUAGAAAAAUUAUCCAUGAGAAUAACAGGGAGGACAAAAAACCACUCACACCGCAUGAUGCAACGAGAUGCACGUAUAUUUCCACAAGUUGCUUCUUUGAUGCUUUUUUCUCUUUGCGAGUAAACAAUUAUCAUGUGAUGGAAUUCAACAAAGAAAUUAACAAUCUUGUUGGAUACAAUCCAAAAAUAAUAAUAAUAAUAUUAAUCUCAUUUAACUGUGUUUCAUAUUUGAUGUUUACUAAAUAUUUCGUGUUCAUUAAAAAUGUUCUGCGUGUGUCGAAGCCACACAUCAUUAUGAUAUUUCAUUUCAUAGUCGACCACCUCCAUCGGCGCUUAGGAAAAUCCUUGGCAGUUAUGAAUUUAGUAAUUUUUAGCCAAUCAAAAAAGAAUACCUGACCUCCCGUGCUACAUUUUCUGCACAUAUAUAAAAACUGCGAAUUCGAUCAAAGGUAUCUAAAUUCAUCGGAAGUUGAUUGGGAGCGUAUCAAAAACUUUAGCUUUAGUUGCCGGCUUGAAGCUAUCAAAUAAAAAAAAUCUUCUUUCAGAAUACAUUUAUACCAUUGUAAAUUUGGUGUAUUCUAAUUGCUACUAAAAAGUGUUUUAAUCUCAAGUUCAAAAAGUUCAAAGAAGAUGAAAGGUAUAGUUUUAGCCGCCUCUAAAGCUAAAUGUUUGUUAAAAGCUCCCGGACUUCGUAAUUAUGUACCAGUAACUAAGACCGCACCAUUACCAACUUUCAGAGGAGAGAAAACAGCCAUACUAUGUCCUGGUCAGGGCGCACAAUAUGUUGGUAUGUUACAAAACCUCAGCCCUGACAUUGAAGAACCUUUGCGAGAAAUGACAUCAGAAAUAUUAGGUUACGAUUUAGUGAAGAUUUGUCGAAAUGGACCAAAAGAGAUUUUGGACAGAACAUUGUAUACCCAACCUGCUGUAAUGGUAGCGUCAAUACUUGGAUAUUACAAACUGAAAAAUAAGCUGCGAGAGGAGCACGAUGUAGAAGAUUUUAAUGCUGGAUUUGUUUUUGGGAAUAGUGUGGGAGAGGUUUCUGCGUUAUGUAUUGCAAAUUGGAUCACUUUUGAAGAAGCAUUGCAGGUUAUCAAAGUUAGAGCAGAGUCAAUGGACAGAGCUGUAAAUAUGGCGGAGUCUGCAAUGGUUGGGGUACAUGGAUUGGACUUUGAUGAUGUAAAACAAAUGUGCGAAGAUUUAACAGAGAAUGCUGGUGACAAAAACAAACAUAUUUCGAUAGCAGUUGAGCGAUUUUAUAAAAGUGUUGCGCUCGGUGGCUCCAAAGAUUUGGUUGAGAAAGUGUUGAACCGAGAACAUUUCCUUCUCAAGAAUCCUUCAAAAGUGAAAAUAUCCAAAAUGUUCAUGAGUGCAGCAUUUCACACGCCAUACAUGAAUCCUGCGAUAGAAGAGUUUUACGACGCACUUUGUAGCGUAAACAUCACUCCUAACGAUACUACGCUUGUUUCGAAUGUUACCGCGCAAAAAUAUACGAACAAAGAAGAAGUUGCGGAAUUAAUGGCACGUCAAAUCGCGGAACCUGUGCUAUGGAAUACGAUAUUAGACAAAGUACGCGGAAAAUACUUAUCAGGUUCUGUGGAAAACAUAUACGAAGUGGGAGCUGGUCGACAGCUAAAAAGAAUGUAUGAGAAACUAGAUCGUGAUUUAUUUAGCAAUGUUCAAACUGUCGAUAUGUAACUUUCAUUUUUGCGUUUCGCCUCUAGUCAAGGGAAGGCGAUAUUCUCAUCACAAAACUGCUAUUUCAAACAUUUGAAAAAUCAAUUUUUUUACCUUUUUCAUCAAUAAGUUGUCUAGAAUGCAACAUCGGUAUUAAAAUCUAUUCUCAUGCAAGAAAACAUUUAUCAGUGUGUUUUGUGCUAAUGAAUUGUAAAAUUGUGCAUAUUAUAAACGUUUAUUUAUUAGAAGGCUUGUUUUUUCUCUGGAAAUGUAACACUUAAGAAUUUACUUUUAUUUUAUAUUAAUUUUAUUUACCAGAAUACAGCUAAUUUUACUGA